AUGGCCCCGCCCGAUACCUUCUUCCGCUCGUCGGACAUGAGUCUGACGCAGCUCUACAUUGCCAAUGAGAUCGGAAGAGAGGUCGUGAGCGCUUUGGGUGAGAUCGGGCAGGUCCAAUUCAGAGAUCUUAACCCAGAUACCAACGCCUUCCAACGUACCUUUACCAAGGAGAUCCGGCGCCUGGAUAAUGUCGAGAGACAGCUUCGCUACUUCCAUUCCCAGAUGGAAAAGGCCGCCAUUACCAUGCGGCCCUCCUCCGAUUUCUCGGAUACCCUGGCAGCUCCUCUCGCUUCGGAAAUCGAUGAACUAGCUGAACGCAGCGAGAGCCUUGAGCAGCGGAUCGCAUCGCUGAAUGACAGCUACGAGACUCUCAAGAGACGCGAGGUCGAACUUUCUGAGUGGCGUUGGGUCCUAAGGGAAACCGGAGGUUUCUUCGAUCGGGCCCAUACUCAGACUGAAGACAUCCGUCAAUCUUUCGACAAUGACGAAGCCCCCCUUCUCCGCGACGUUGAACAACACGCUCCUCAUGCGAACGGCGAUACGCAGGGCCAGCAGAGCUUUUCUGAUAUGAAUAUCGGGUUCGUCGCCGGUGUCAUCCCCCGUGACCGAAUUGGUGCUUUUGAGCGCAUCCUCUGGCGAACUUUGCGCGGCAACCUAUACAUGAACCAAUCCGAAAUUCCUGACCCCAUCAUUGAACCAACAACCAAUGAGGAAAUCCACAAGAACGUGUUCGUGAUCUUUGCACAUGGCAAGAGCAUCCUUGCCAAGAUUCGCAAGCUGUCCGAGUCACUGGGAGCCUCGCUAUACGGAGUCGAUGAGAACAGUGAGCUCAGACGGGACCAGAUUCACGAAGUCAACACUCGUCUAGCAGAUGUGACCAACGUUUUACAAAACACCAAGAAUACUCUUGAUGCGGAGCUCUCCCAGAUUGCACGAUCCUUGGCAGCUUGGAUGAUCAUUGUUAAAAAGGAGAAGGCUGUCUACGAUACUUUGAAUAGAUUCUCAUACGAUCAGGCGCGAAAGACCUUGAUUGCUGAGGCUUGGUGCCCGACAAACUCCCUUGGUCUGAUCAAGUCCACCUUGCAAGAUGUGAAUGACCGCGCUGGUUUGUCUGUUCCUACCAUUGUCAAUCAGAUUCGCACCAACAAGACGCCGCCCACCUAUGUUCGCACCAACAAAUUCACGGAAGCAUUCCAGACUAUCGUCAAUGCUUACGGUAUUCCUAAGUACUCGGAGGUGAACCCCGGUAUUUAUACCGUUGUCACGUUCCCAUUCCUAUUUGCUGUUAUGUUUGGUGAUUUUGGACACGGUGCCCUUAUGGCCUUGACGGCUUGUGCCAUGAUCUUCUGGGAGAAGAAGCUUCUGAAGACCAAGCUUGAUGAAUUGACGUACAUGGCUUUCUAUGGUCGCUACAUCAUGUUGCUGAUGGGACUCUUUGCUAUGUACACCGGAUUUAUCUACAACGAUAUCUUCUCCAAGUCCUUUACGUUCUUCCCCAGUGCGUGGCAGUGGCCCGAGGACAUUAAAGCCGGACAGUCUGUUGAGGCAUCGCUCAAGGGCGGAUACCGUUUCCCUAUUGGUUUGGAUUGGAACUGGCAUGAGGCUGAAAACUCCUUACUGUUUACCAACAGUAUGAAGAUGAAGAUGAGUGUCCUGCUUGGAUGGGCUCACAUGACCUUCGCUCUGUGCUUCCAAUACAUCAACGCCCGCCACUUCAAAUCCAAGAUCGACAUCUGGGGUAAUUUCAUCCCUGGAAUGCUCUUCUUCCAGUCAAUUUUCGGCUAUCUCGUGAUCACUAUUCUCUACAAAUGGUCUAUUAACUGGUCAGAAACCGAUAGCGCGCCUCCCAGUCUGCUGAACAUGCUUAUCUUCAUGUUCUUGAGUCCCGGUACUAUCGAAGGCGAUCCGCUCUACAAGGGACAAGGUCCCGUACAAAUGCUUCUACUGUUCAUUGCUGUCAUCCAAGUCCCUAUCAUGCUGUUCUUGAAGCCCUUCUACCUUCGCUGGGAGCACAACAAGGCUCGUGCCCUAGGCUACCGCGGCCUCGGCGAGCAAUCCCGAGUCAGUGCUUUGGAGGACGACGGCGACUUGGACGGCGGUUUCGGUGGGAACCGAGACAGUCUUGCCAGCGACGGGGAAGGAGUUGCUAUGAUUGCACAGGAUAUCCAAGAAAGCGAAGUGCAUGAAGAGUUCGAUUUCUCUGACGAGAUGAUCCACCAAGUCAUCCACACCAUUGAGUUCUGUCUUAACUGUAUUUCGCACACUGCCUCUUACCUCCGUCUUUGGGCUCUUUCGCUGGCUCACCAGCAGCUGUCUAUUGUCUUGUGGACCAUGACUCUCGGUACCGCUCUGGACCAGGAGAACCCGACCGUGCGCGUGAUCAUGACUAUCAUUUGCUUCUACCUGUGGUUCGUUCUGAGUGUUGCAGUCCUUUGCUGCAUGGAGGGUGUCUCAGCCAUGUUGCACUCUCUUCGUCUCCACUGGGUCGAGGCAAUGAGCAAGCAUUUCAUCGGCGAGGGUAUUCCAUUCCAGGCAUUCAGCUUCAAGACCUUGCUGGAAGAGGACCCAGUCGACUGA